AUGGCUCCUUCGAAAUUCCGCCAAAAGUCCUCGGUGGCAAUCUUCUGCCCGCAGAGCAAAGCCCCGACGAAAGAAUACCUCGACCAACUGCAAAAGUUCCUCACCGAGCACGAGCAGCUCCGGCGGCUGGGCGAAGACGUCAAGCGUCUACGCGAGACAUGGGACAUCAUGGCCGCCCGCAGGGCCGACAUCGCCGGCCUCGCCCAAGGCCCGCGCUACCUGCAGGCCCUGCACGACUGGGUCGAAACUGGCGCGUCGGCACCAGUUGCCAACGCCAUGUCUGGCAUCCUGUCGCUGCCGCUGCUGGUCGUCAUCCAGACGUGCCAGUACUUCCAGUACCUGCGGCUGGCGGGCUUGACGCAUGCCGAGUUCCUCGACGGCCUCAAGGUUGGCGGGGCGCAGGGGUAUUGCGGAGGCUUGCUGCCGGCCAUCGCCGUGGCGUGCGCCAAGGACGAGGAUGAGGUCGUCGACAUGGCUGCCGUGGCAAUGCGGAUUGCUCUCGCCGUGGGGGCGUACGGCGAGCUCGGAGACGACGAGAAUCUGCCCGGCCCGACGACCAUCGUCGUGCGGCUGCGGCACGAAGGGCAAGGCGAGGAUAUUGUGAGAGGCUUCCCGGGGGCAUAUGUGUCUGCAGUGACGGACCCCAAGACCAUCAGCAUAGUAGGGCCGGUCCCGACUCUCGAAAAGGUGUCGGCCCAUGCCCGCGAGCGUGGCCUGCUGGUUCAGGGCAUGCACUUGCGAGGAAAGGUGCACAAUCCGGAGAAUGCAGAGCUGGCCAAGGAGCUUUGCGAACUGUGUGACGAGUUCGAGAGCCUCACGCUGCCCGCGUGCAGCCAGCUGCAGGCGCCCGUCUACUCCAACAUCACCGGGCGGCUGCUGCGGGACUGCUCUCUCACGCACGAGGCGGUUCGGACCAUCCUGGCGUCGCGCUGCGAGUGGUGGACGCUUCUCAACGAGCUGGCCCAGGCACUGAAAGCCACAGGGGUGCAGGCCCAUACCUUUGCCAUGUUUGGCAUCGGCGACUGCGUCCCCCUGACGCCAUUCCACCAAGCGGCUCUCAAGAUCUCCAAGAUCGACGUGCACCGCACCAUCCGCGAGGCCGAGCUCAAGGACUACAAGCUCCCGGAGGAUGCCAUUGCCAUCGUGGGCGCCGCCUGCCGCCUGCCUGGGGCCAGCAGCCUGGAAGAGCUCUGGGAGCUGAUGGCAGCCGGCACAUCCAAAGCCGAGGAGAUCCGGCCGGACCGCAUCCCGCUGCACGCCAGCUUUCGGGCUUCGCAGGACCACAAAUUCACGAGCAAGCGCACCUUCUUUGGCAACUUUGUCGACGACGUCGACGGCUUCGACCACGCCUUUUUCCGCACCAACCCGAAGGAGGCGGCGUACAUGGACCCGCAACAACGCAUCCUGCUCGAGCUCGCGUACCAGGCCAUGGACUCCAGCGGCUACCUGCGCACCCACAAGCGUGCGGCGGGCGACGACGUGGGCUGCUUCAUCGGGGCCUCGUUCAACGAGUACCUGGACAACACGUCUGCCCACGCGCCCACGGCCUACACGUCGACGGGCACGAUCCGGGCCUUCCUCUGCGGGCGCAUCAGCUACUACUUUGGAUGGAGCGGGCCGGCAGAGGUCAUCGACACGGCGUGCUCGGCGUCGCUGGUGGCCAUCCACCGGGCGUGCCGGGCCAUCGCGGGUGGUGAGUGCUCCAUGGCUCUGGCUGGCGGCGUCAACGUUAUGAGUGGCGUCAACAACUUCAUGGACCUUGGCAAGGCCGGCUUCCUCUCUCCCACCGGCCAGUGCAAGCCGUUUGACGUCGGCGCUGACGGCUACUGCCGCGCCGACGGAGCAGGGCUCGUGGUGCUGAAGUCGCUGCGCCACGCCCUGGCCGACGGCGACGACGUGCUGGGCGUCAUUCCUGGCGUGGCCACCAAUCAGGGCGGCCUCUCGCCCUCCAUCACGGUGCCACACUCAGCCGCCCAGGUGACGCUGUACCGCCGCAUCCUCAAGCAGGCGGGCAUGAAGGCUGAGCACGUGUCGUACGUCGAGUGCCACGGCACGGGAACCCAGGCUGGCGAUCCGCUGGAGAUGGCCUCGGUGCGCGACGUCUUCUGCCAGCCCGGUGACCGCCAGUCGGUCAGCCUGCAUAUCGGCUCGCUCAAGGGCAACAUCGGCCACUGCGAGACGGCGGCUGGCGUGGCGAGCCUGCUGAAGGUGCUGGCCAUGCUGCAGCAGCGCCGCAUUCCACCGCUUGCCAGCUUCCGGACACUGAACCCCAAGAUACCCGCCCUGGCCCCCGACAAGCUGGCCGUGGCCAAGCAGGUAGAGCGCUGGGACGCCCCCGUGCGAGCCGCGUGCGUCAACAGCUACGGCGCAGCGGGGAGCAAUGCGGCGCUUCUCUGUGUCGAGCUGCCGCGCACCGCAACCGAAACAACAACCCAGGUCUGGCCUGUCGUCAUUAGUGCGGCAAGCACGCAGUCUCUAGAGCUGUACUGCGAUGCCCUGGACCGCCACCUGGCCAAGCACCCAGACCUGUCUCUCGGAGACGUCGCCUUCACCCUCGCAGAGCGGCGUCAGCGUCAUCGCUACAGGCUCUCAGCAACGGCAGGCGACCUGCCCGGCCUGCGUGCGAUCCUGAAGAGCCCCGGUGCCACGAGCAACGUCGUAGACGUGGCAGCCGCCAAGGACACUCCACGGCCCGUGGUGCUCGCGUUCGGCGGGCAGAGCAAGCAGACGAUCGGGCUGUCUCGCACUCUCUACGACAGCAGUCCGCGGCUCCGUGCCUACAUCGAGAAGUGCGACGGACUCCUUGUCGCCAUGGGCUACCCCAGCGUCCUUCCCUCCCUGUUCGCCACGGAGCCGCUUGAAGACGUCGUGGUGCUGCAGACAGGCACUUUCGCAGUGCAGUACGCCACUGCCCGCUGCUGGCAGGACGCCGGCAUCCGCGUCGACGCCGUCAUCGGACACAGCUUCGGUGAGCUCACGGCACUGGCUGUCUCUGGCGCGCUGAGCCUCCAGAGCGGCUUGAAGGUCGUGGCGGCGCGUGCGGCGCUCAUGGCGACGUCGUGGGGCGACGAACGAGGCACCAUGCUCGCCGUCCACGCCGGUCGCGAGGUCGUGCAGGAGCUCGUGGAUGCGGUUGGCGACAAGGAGCUCGAGGUGGCGUGCUACAACGCUCCUGCCAGCCAGGUCGUGGUGGGCUCCGCGGUGGCCGUCAGCAGGGCAGAAGAGCUGCUCGCGACAGACCCUCACUUCGCCGGCGUGCGCAGUCAACGCGUCGACGUCACCCACGGCUUCCACUCCCGCUUCACCGAGCCGCUUCUGCCCGAGCUGGUGGCGCUGGCAGACACUCUCGCCUUCACCGAGCCCCGGAUUCCGCUGGAGAUGUGCCUCCCUGACGGCGCUGAGCAGCGUCCCGCCCCACACCGCAUCGCCCAGCACACGCGCGAGCCCGUCUACUUCGUCGAUGCCGUCCGCCGCGUCGAGGCACGCCUGGGCUCUCGCUGCGUCUGGCUCGAGGCGGGCACCGACGCUCCCAUCGUUUCCAUGGUGAAGCGUGCGGUUGCACGGCCAGACGACCACGUCUUCCUCAGCAUGCGCUUCGCAGGCGCCAAAGACCCGGCCAAUGUGCUGCCCGACGUCACUCGCACGCUCUGGCAGGAGGGUCUGGACGUGUCGUUCUGGCCGUGGCUGGGUGGACCGUCCGAGUCGGGCGUGUCGCAGGUGUGGCUGCCGCCGUACGAGUUCGUGCGGUCGUCAGCGUGGGUGAAGAACGUCGACCGGGCUGUCGAGGCGCUGGAGCUGGCCCAGGCAAAGGCAGCUGAGGCGCCACCUGCUGUUGCUGCUGCCGUGGUGGUGGAAAAGCCGCUGCUGGUGACUCCCCGGGGACAGCCUGGCUCCAUGGACUUCACCGUCAACGUCGGCUCCACGCGCUUCCGCGACAUCGUGUCUGGUCACGCCGUCCGUGGCCGUCCUCUGUGCCCGGCCUCCAUGUACAUGGAGUGCGCCGUCAUGGCGCUCCAGCAGCAUCUGGGCCCUCGUUUCGAGGGCGCCCUGUGCUUCGAGGACCUCACCUUCGAACAGCCGCUGGGCGUCGACACGAGCCGCGACGUGACGGUCGUGCUGCAGGAAGGCAAAGACGAAGCCGGCGCCUGGAGCUUUCAGCUCCGCAGCGUGGCCAAAUCCGACCCCAGGCAGCGUGUCUCCACCCAUGGCCGCGGCAAAGUGCGUCUGGGCAAGCAGCCCAAGCUGCACGGCUACCAGCACCUGGUCUCUGAGCGUGUCGCCGACGUGGCAAAGGCACCAGACGCCGAGACACUGCUGUCGAAGCGCGCGUACGGCCUGUUCUCCCAAGUCGUCACCUACGCACCGCUGCUGCGUGGCAUUCAGUCCAUCACCAUGCACGGCUCCCGCGCCAUCGCCCGCAUCCAAGUCCCCACCCCGCACGUUGCUCCCGACGAGAGCUCGGCCAUCGGGCCCUGCGACACCGUCUCCCUCGACACCUUCAUCCAGGUCGUUGGGCUGCUGAUCAACAGCAGCGAUGCCUGCAUCCCCAACCACGUCUUCGUGGCCACGGGCGUCGAGAGCGCCACACUAUCCAAGGCGUGCGACUUUCUGCGUGGCGAAUCCGCAUGGACCGUAUACGCCACGUUCAGAUCGACCGGCGACACCACCGCCACCGGCGACGUCUUCGUCCUGACAGCCGCAGGCGAAGUUGCCGCGACAAUCAUGGACGUCAAAUUCACCCGCCUGCCCAUCACCACCCUCGAGAAGCUCCUCGACACGGCAAACUCAACCAGCACCGGCCCCACCGCCGCGAAGAAAGCCGUCCCUCCAUCCAUCACCCGCUCCACCGCGCCGCCACCGCCAGUCCCAAGCGCCCAAGCCGUCCCACAGCUCGAAGCCAACAACAGCUCCUCCCCGUCGUCCUCCUCUUCCGACGACGGCGAAGACCUGAUCGCGACCCCGCCCGGCGAGCUCGACGACAGCAGCCUCCGCAAGAUCGUCGCCGCCUACACGGGCGCCGCGGCCGACGCCAUCGCCGCGGACUCCACCAUGGCCGACCUGGGCGUCGACUCCCUCGCCGCCGUCGAGUUCGCCGAGGACCUGAGCCAGCAGUUCGGCAAGGACAUCGCCGCCCCCGACCUGCUGGGCUGCGACCUCGGCGCCUUGUCUCGCUUGUGCUUGUCGCUGGCGCCGAAGCCGAAGACCAAGGCCAGGGGGGCUAGGCAGCUGGCGUUGCCGCAGCCGCCGCCCGUGGUGGAGGUGUUUGCGUCGACGACGGCUGUGCAGAGUGGUGGCGCUGGUGGUGGGGGCCCAGGGCGCGAUCGCCUGCUGAAGAUUGUGGGGGAUGCGUGCGGCGCCCCGAUUGCGGAUAUCGCGGACACCGAGACGCUGCGCGACCUGGGCGUGGACUCGUUGGCAGCGGUGGAGCUGAAGGGCGAGAUCGAGGAGGCGUUUGCGGUCGAGGUCGACGAGAAUGCGGUCCAUUUGGACUCGACCAUCGCCGAGAUUGUCGGAUACUUGGGCAUCGGAACCGCCAGCGUGGCGGCUCCCCCGUCGUUCCAGGCUGCGCCGGCGGUGCAAGCCGCGGUGCAGGUUUCCGUAGCGCCGGCUCCCGCGCCUGUAGGGGAUAACACGGUCCGUCAGCGCGUUCUCCAAAUCAUAUCGGACGCAUGUGGUGCUGCUGUUUCGUCCAUGCGCGACGAUGAGACGCUCCGCGACCUCGGUGUCGACUCGCUGGCGGCGGUGGAGCUCAAGGGCGAGCUGGAAGACGCAUUCGACGCCGACCUGGACGACAGCCUGCUCGACCUCUCUAUCGCAGAGACAAUUGCGAGCUGCGGAGGUGUGGGCGCCGCCAGCGCCACCGUCAGCGCUUCUGUUCCCUCCUCCUCCUCCGUCAGUACGUCAACCACUUCGAUCUCGGUCCCAUACGAGAGUGUUGCUGUCGCGGCAGUUCCAGCUGACUUGGGCAGCCCGUUCGACGCUCUAGUGGCCAGUGAGAACACUUAUCCCGCCAAGGCGGCAAAAUGCGGCUUCGAGGCUUUCGAUGCAGCGGUCGCCCCCGCUCAGGAUGCACUCAUGCUGGCGUACAUGGUUGAGGCGCUCGCGGAGCUCGGUGUCGAUUUGAAAUCGAUGGAGAAGGGUCAGAUGCUGCCUGCCGUGCGUUACAAGUCGAAACGUGCGUAUGACCGGCUCAUGCAGCGCGUGUGGAUCAUUCUGGAGAAGCACGGGUUGGUGGAGACCAAAGACGAGAUGCAGCGCGUGAGAGGAGGCGCCGAGUGUCCAAAGAGCGGUUCGGCAGAGCUUCUGGCGCGACUGCAGAAGGAUUUCCCAGCGUACCGCUGUGACUUCAGGUUGAUGAACGUGACGGGAUCACAGCUGGCACAGUGUUUGGUCGGGAAGCAGGACCCGGUUGGCCUGCUGUUCAAGACGCAACAGUCGCAGGCCAUUCUGGAAGACUUCUAUCUCAACUCCCCCAUGCUGGCCACCGCAACCGAGAUGCUGGUUGACACAGUCGUCAAUGCCGUCUCUGCUAGCAAGGCCACUAACACAGUCAGGAUUCUUGAGGUUGGAGCAGGCUUCGGCGGGACGACCAGGAAACUGGUCCAAACGCUCGCAAAGCUGGGCCGACCCGUAUCCUACACCUUCACUGACAUCUCGCCCACGCUCGUCAGCCGCGCUCUCAAGGCGUUCGCCAACCAGUACCCGUGGCUGCACUUCCAGACGUGGAACAUGGAACACGCGCCGCCGCCCGCCCUCGCCGCGGCCGGGCCCUUUGACAUCGUCAUCGGCACCAACUGCGUCCACGCCACGGCAGACCGCAGCGCGACGCUCGGCCGGCUCAAGCAGCUCCUCCACCCAUCGUCGGGCUUCGUCGUGCUCUCCGAAGUCACCGACGUCGUCGACUGGUACGACAUCGUCUACGGCCUGCUCGACAGCUGGUGGCUCGACCAGAGCGGCGCCUAUGCCCUACAGCCGCCCGAGGCCUGGGUCCGCUGCUUCAAACGCGCCGGCUUCCCCAGCGUGACGUAUUCGCAGGGCCCCACGGCGGAGCUCAACACGCAGCGGCUGCUGAUCGGCAGCAUGCUGAUGGACGCAGCAGUGCCGCAACGCGCUCUCCCGCGGCCAGAAUGCGAGACGGUGACGUACAAGCGCGUCGAGGACGUCGAGAUCCACGCAGACGUCUUCUGGCCACCUCACCCGCCCGCGAGCGCCAUGGGAGUCGCCCUCAUGAUCCACGGCGGCGGCCACAUGACGCUGUCCCGCAAAGCCGUGCGACCCCACCAGACGGCCUUCCUGCUCGCCAACGGCGUCCUGCCCAUCAGCAUCGACUAUCGCCUCUGCCCCGAAGUCGACCUCGUCAACGGACCCAUCACCGACACGCUCGACGCUUACAAGUGGGUCAAGGCCGCCCUCCCCCGCCUCGCCCUCCGCCGCGGCGUGCUCGUCGACGCGGACAGGGUCGUCGUCGUCGGGUGGUCGUCCGGCGGCCACCUCGCGAUGACGACGGCGUGGACGGCGGGCGACGCGGGGGUGGCGCCGCCGAGUGCGGUGCUGGCGUUUUAUGCGCCGACGGAUUUCGAGUCGGGCGAUUUGGAUAGGCGGAGGGCGGAGGAGUAUCCGGAGAGGAGCUUGCGCAUGCGAGAUAUUGUGGCGGCGCUGCCAACAAGACCGAUUACUGGCUACGACGGCGACGGCUCCACCGACACCACCGGCCUCGGCUGGGUCCGCCCCGGCGACCCGCGGUCCGAACUCGUCCUGUCGCUGUUCAAAGAAGGCAACGGCCUGCCGCUGAUGCUCAACGGCCUGCCCAGCGGCGACGAGGAAGCGUGGACGCGGUGGCCCGACGCGGACCGCAUCGCGGCCAUCAGUCCGCUCGCGCAGGUCCGGCGCGGUCGUUACGGGGUCCCGACGUUCGUCAUCCACGGUACGAGGGAUGAGAUCGUGCCGUAUGCGAGCGCGGGCGCGUUUGUCGACGCGUUGCGCCGGGCGGGCGUGGAGGGUCACUUGUUGACUGUGCGGGGGGCGAGGCAUAUACAUGAUGUGUCGCUGAGGCCCGGCAGCGAGCGGUGGGAGGAGACGGUUGCGCCGGGGUAUGAGUUUCUUUUGGGGCAUUUGGGGGCGUAG